AUUUACUGGACUCACGCACAGUAAUGGGGGAUCUAGGAUGGAUAGCCUACCCAAAAAAUGGGUGGGAAGAGAUUGGUGAGGUGGAUGAAAACUAUGCUCCGAUACACACAUACCAAGUAUGCAAGGUAAUGGAACAGAAUCAGAACAACUGGCUUCUGACCAGCUGGAUCUCUAAUGAAGGGGCAUCCCGCAUCUUCAUUGAGCUCAAAUUCACCCUGAGGGACUGUAACAGCCUUCCAGGAGGACUUGGAACUUGCAAAGAGACUUUUAACAUGUAUUACUUCGAAUCAGAUGAUGAAGAUGGGAGGAACAUCAAAGAAAACCAAUACAUUAAGAUCGAUACCAUUGCUGCUGAUGAAAGCUUCACAGAGUUAGACCUCGGUGACAGAGUUAUGAAGUUAAACACGGAGGUGAGAGAUGUUGGGCCCCUAACAAAAAAGGGAUUUUACCUUGCUUUCCAGGACGUGGGUGCCUGUAUUGCCUUGGUCUCUGUCCGUGUGUACUACAAGAAAUGCCCAUCGGUGAUCCGCAACCUGGCCCGCUUUCCUGACACCAUCACAGGAGCGGAUUCCUCGCAGCUGCUAGAGGUGUCAGGCAUCUGCAUCAAUCACUCCGUGACCGACGAGGCACCGAAGAUGCACUGCAGUGCUGAGGGGGAAUGGUUGGUGCCCAUCGGGAAGUGCUUGUGCAAGGCAGGGUAUGAGGAGAAGAAUAACACCUGCCAAGUAUGCAGACCUGGGUUCUUCAAAGCUUCACCCCACAGUCCAUCCUGCAGCAAAUGUCCCCCUCACAGCUACACGCUUGAUGAAGCAUCCACAUCUUGCCUGUGUGAAGAACACUAUUUUAGGAAGGAAUCAGACCCACCUACAAUGGCCUGUACAAGACCCCCCUCUGCUCCUCGGAGUGCCAUCUCAAAUGUUAACGAGACUAGUGUCUUUCUGGAAUGGAUUCCCCCUGCUGAUACUGGUGGAAGGAAAGAUGUGUCUUAUUAUAUUGCAUGCAAGAAGUGCAACUCACACUCAGGUCUGUGUGAGGCGUGUGGCGGUCAUGUCAGGUACCUCCCCCAGCAAACCGGCCUGAAAAACACCUCUGUCAUGAUGGUGGAUCUGCUUGCUCAUACAAACUAUACCUUUGAAAUUGAGGCAGUGAAUGGAGUGUCCGACCAGAACCCCGGAGCCCGGCAGUUUGUGUCUGUAAAUGUAACCACAAACCAGGCAGCACCUUCUCCAGUCAGUAGUGUGAAAAAAGGGAAGAUAACUAAAAAUAGCAUCUCCCUUUCCUGGCAGGAGCCAGAUCGACCCAACGGCAUCAUCCUGGAAUACGAAAUCAAAUACUUUGAAAAGGACCAGGAGACAAGCUACACCAUCAUCAAAUCCAAAGAGACGACGAUCACUGCGGAUGGCUUGAAACCAGGCUCAGCAUACGUCUUCCAGAUCCGAGCCCGGACAGCUGCAGGCUACGGUGGCUUCAGCCGAAGAUUUGAGUUUGAAACCAGUCCAGUGUCAGUAGCUGCAUCCAGCGACCAGAGCCAGAUUCCUAUAAUUGUUGUGUCUGUAACAGUGGGAGUCAUUCUGCUGGCUGUUGUUAUCGGUUUCCUUCUCAGCGGAAGUUGCUGCGAUCAUGGCUGUGGGUGGGCUUCUUCUCUGCGUGCUGUUGCCUAUCCGAGCCUAACAUGGCGAUGUGGCUAUAGCAAGGCUAAACAAGAUCCAGAAGAAGAAAAGAUGCAUUUUCAUAACGGCCACAUUAAGCUGCCUGGAGUGAGGACCUACAUUGACCCCCACACCUAUGAAGACCCUAAUCAAGCUGUCCAUGAGUUUGCUAAGGAAAUUGAAGCUUCAUGCAUAACCAUUGAAAGAGUUAUUGGAGCUGGUGAAUUUGGGGAAGUCUGCAGUGGGCGGUUGAAGCUUCAGGGAAAGCGUGAGUUUCCAGUGGCUAUCAAAACCCUGAAGGUGGGCUACACAGAGAAGCAGAGGCGAGAUUUCUUGGGAGAAGCAAGUAUCAUGGGGCAGUUUGACCACCCCAACAUCAUCCACCUGGAAGGCGUCGUCACAAAAAGCAAACCAGUAAUGAUAGUGACUGAAUACAUGGAGAAUGGUUCUCUGGAUACAUUUUUAAAGAAGAACGAUGGGCAGUUCACGGUCAUUCAGCUGGUUGGGAUGCUGCGAGGCAUCGCAUCAGGAAUGAAGUACCUGUCUGACAUGGGUUACGUACACAGAGAUCUGGCUGCCAGGAAUAUCCUAAUCAACAGCAAUUUAGUCUGCAAGGUGUCAGACUUCGGCCUCUCCAGGGUCCUAGAAGAUGACCCUGAAGCAGCGUACACAACCAGGGGGGGGAAGAUCCCCAUCCGAUGGACGGCACCUGAAGCGAUCUCCUUCCGCAAAUUCACGUCAGCCAGUGAUGUCUGGAGUUACGGCAUUGUGAUGUGGGAGGUGAUGUUCUACGGCGAGAGGCCUUACUGGGAAAUGACAAACCAAGAUGUGAUUAAAGCUGUGGAGGAAGGCUAUCGCCUGCCAAGUCCCAUGGACUGCCCUGCUGCUCUCUACCAGCUAAUGCUCGACUGCUGGCAGAAAGACCGCAACAGCAGGCCCAAGUUUGACGAAAUUGUCAGCAUGUUGGACAAGCUCAUCCGUAACCCAAGCAGCUUGAAGACGUUGGUUAAUGCAUCGAGCAGAGUAUCAAAUCUGUUGGUAGAGCACAGUCCAGUGGGGAGCGGUGCUUACAGAUCGGUGGGUGAAUGGCUGGAAGCCAUCAAAAUGGGCCGGUACACGGAGAUCUUCAUGGAGAAUGGAUACAGUUCUAUGGAUGCUGUGGCACAGGUGACCCUAGAGGAUGAAUCACCUUGUGAAAAGUGGAGCCUCACCCUCCACCCCCUCUUUCCAACUGGAUAUCAGACUUGAAGGCAACCUUUCCAGUGGACCAGACCUGCUCUUUAAACUUGUGGACCACCUAGUGACUUUGAGUGUGUCUGGAGCACUUUCAAUCCACUGCAAGAAUAACUUUACCAGGACAAUACUCAAGAAUAGAUAGAUCCAUGACAUGAGUUUCAGUCUUACACUUGACUGAACCAAUUACUAACCAUGUGGACUACAUACUUCUACCUUUUGAAAGAUCUGUACACACUGAAUCUCAGGACACACUGUUGUUUGUUAUUAGAUGAAGAGCUCUGAAUAUUUGUAAUAAUAUGUGCUGUGUUGCUUUGCAUUGUAUAUUUUUUCUUCUAAAAUAAAAUUAAUUAUUUAUUAAAAGUUAUACUGGAUGAAGAGCAUUUAAGAAUUCACCUGCUCUAGAUGCUUGUUCUUAACCUAAAAUCUCAGUCCUGAGAUUGUGGUACUGCAUCUGUUUUUGAACAAACCAAUUCUCAUCUCAUAAUCAAGUAAGAUGGGAAUAAUGAAUAAGAGCAGAUGAACUCUUAAAAAAUUUUUUUUAAGUCCUCAUUUCAUGCAAAAGUCCCUAUCAGGUGGAUUCCUUUCUCUUUAGCAUCUUCUAAGGGUCUUUGAGGUGGUUCUUCUUUCCCUCAUUCAAACUGACAACUAAGUCACUCUGUGAGUAGUCCCAGUCUGCACAGGCAAUUGUAGAGUUACACCAUGUGAAGAAGAGUGGUGAAAUCUGGCAUGGACGAGAGAUGAAAUACAAAAUAUCUGUGGUAGGUUGACAGCUGCCAACCAUGGAGAUCUUUCAGGAACCUGGCCCUUUUGCUUGCAUGAUUAACCGGCUGGUGAGGGGGGUUGUAUUUUAUGUGGCAAUCCAGUCCUAGUCUACACUGUGUUUGACAAACUGCUCCAUGGUGUAUAAGUAGUUCUGUUUGUAAAUAAAAUGUUUUAAAUAUACAACGUGGAGACCGUGAAUUCAACCCUUGCAAAUGGAGGAUAUUGCAGGGAAGGGGAUACCAUGUUGUUCCUGGCAUACUGCAGUUGGGCUUUCAUGCAGGAGGUGGUAAGAGAGCAGCAUGCGUGCAGCUGUAUACAGGCUGUUUGGGAUGAACCAACAGCAAUUUUCUCCUUUAUUUCCCUGGCUUUUUGGUCAACUUACAUCAGCCUCUUAGUAUUGUGUUGGCAAGUGAUUUAAAUUCCUUCCAGUUUACAUUUUCAGCCCUAUGUGAGUGAAAGAGAAGUGAAAAGGGGAGACUACUCUCUAAAACAAGAAUAAAAGUUGCCUCAUUGCUGGAGAGUUCAAGCAUUCUGAAGCAGGGAGACUCCACAGCACGCAGGUGCACGUAUCUCCACGGCCUCGGGGAGCAC